AACAGGUUAUAUACAAUGAAACGUACAGAAAGUCUCUGAAAAGAGAACUUUUUGAAGCUGGGUUCUGACCCACCAAAAGACUUUGACAAAGAAAGUUGAGACGUGCAAGUAUUCAUUCACAUUGAGCGUAUUUUUUUGGUCAGGAGAAGAAUCCUAUAAAUACCAUGCUGCCGAUAAGACUCUCAUGCCCAUUUCCUUCUUCUAAUUUCACUCUGAAACUGCAUGUCAUUAAUGAAACCAACCAAGACUAAUAUUGUUGCUGUUCUUUUCCUGCAGUUAUUUGCCAUAUCAACCAUCAGUAUUAGCUUUUGCAGUGGAAGCUCUAAUGUCCGCUGCACCCAACGUGAGAAACAAGCACUCUUAAGGUUCAAGCAAGACCUCAAUAUUGGCAAUAGCCUGCGGAUAGCUUCUUGGAAUGGUGAUGGAGAUUGCUGUACAUGGGCUGGCGUUGCCUGUGACAACUUUACAGGCCAUGUCCAUAAACUCAACCUUCGAAAUCCUUACGAUGACUCUCUAUCGUAUGCUUUUAUGUGGUCGAUGUUGGUUGUUCAGUUUCCAGCAUUUCUGGGUUCAAUGAGGAAAUUGAAAUACCUUAACCUCAGUCUCUGUGGAUUCGUGGGAAUGAUUCCUCAUCAACUUGGAAAUCUCUCUCAUUUGCAAUAUCUCGACCUUCGUCCUUACUAUCCCAGCAACUUAUAUGUUGAAAAUUCUUUGUGGUUAUCCAGUCUUUCUUUGCUGAAGCACCUUGACAUGAGUGGGGUGGACCUCAGCAAAGCCUCUGACUUGCUGCCCGUGAUAAACACACUUCCAUUUUUAGAAGUUUUACAAUUGUCAUAUUGUCAACUUCAUCAUUUUCCUCCACUACCUACUGUAAAUUUUUCUUCCCUCACCAAGCUUGAUCUUUCCUACAACCUAUUUGAUAAUUCCUUGAUUCCUAGUUGGGUUUUUCGUCUUAGUCAUUUAAUGUACCUGGAUCUAUAUUACAGCAAUAUUCAAGGUCCAAUUCCUGAUGGACUUCAAAACCUCACUUCUCUUAGAUAUCUUGCUUUGUCUCACAAUCAUUUGAAUUCAUCAAUACCCAACUGGCUGUACAAAUUCAUUCAUCUUGAGUACCUUUGUCUUUACAACAAUAGUUUGGUAGGUGUGAUAUCUGAAGAUAUAGGGAACAUGACUUCCAUCAAUUGGCUUGAUCUCUCACUCAAUGGACUUAAAGGGAAAAUUCCCAAAUCAAUGGGAAGACUAUGCAACCUGAGGUCUGUUUUUCUAUCAUGUAUUGAAUUAAAUCAAGAUGUAUCAGAAGUUUUAGAUAUUUUCUCAGGAUGUGUUGCAGAUAGACUAGAGAAUGUUUAUUUAUUAAGUAGUCAACUGUCUGGUCUUUUGUCUAAUCAACUUGGGCAGUUUAAAAGCUUAGUCAAUCUACAAUUAAGUGUGAACCUGAUUUCGGGUCCUAUUCCAGCGUCUUUAGGGGAACUCUCAGCCUUGAGGUCUUUAGAUCUUUCAUUCAACAAACUGAAUGGAUCUCUUUCUGAAAUUCACUUUGCAAACCUCACAGGACUUUAUCUUUUUUAUGUAUGUGGAAACUCUCUGAUGUUGAAUGUAAGUCCUAGCUGGGUUCCUCCUUUUCAACUUCAAGAGUUAGGACUAAGAUCUUGUCAUGUGGGUUCUCAGAUUCCUUUGUGGGUUUUUUCCCAGAAGAGUUUGAUCUAUCUGGAUAUUUCCAAUUCUGGAAUUUCAUCCACAAUUCCCAGUAGGUUUUGGGAAUCAUUUCCCACGCUUGUUUAUUUUAAUCUCUCUCACAACCAAAUCUAUGGAGCGAUGCCGAAUUUAACAGAAGCUUUUGAACUUGAGUUAUUCGAUUUGAGCUCGAAUAACUUGUUGGGGCCAUUGCCUCUUAUUUUCCCCCAUAUGAAUGCACUUGAUCUUUCUGACAAUGCUUUUUCAGGAUCCAUUUUUCAUUUUGUAUGCUACAGGAUGAAUGAGACAAAGGGAAUGAAGAUUCUUAACCUCAAGAACAAUCAGUUAUUCGGAGAAUUACCUGAUUGUUGGAUGAAUUGGAAAAAUCUGUUGGUCUUGAAUUUAGGUAGCAAUAGUUUUCAUGGUAACUUUCCAAACUCGUUGGGAAUGUUAAGUUCCCUUCAGUCAUUGCAUCUUCGCAGAAAUAGUCUCUCUGGAGGAAUUCCUGCAUCCCUGAAGAAUUCUAGAGACUUGAAUUCCCUUGAUAUUGGUGAAAAUAAGUUUUCCGGAAAUGUUCCAAUGUGGAUUGGAGAAACGUUUACAAAAUUGAUGAUUCUCAACCUCCGAAUAAUUUUGAUGGGUUCUUACCAGCAGAACUUUGCCAUUUGAUGUCUUUACAGAUCUGAGAUCUUGCUGAUAACAAUUUCUUCGGGAAUGUACCAAGAUGUAUCAAUAACUUCACAGCCAUGGUCACAGUGGACUAUUCUGGAGACAACUGCAUUCAAUACUUAUCGAGCUCUCCUUAUCCAGGAUCCUAUCGUGGUUUUACAAUAAAUUAUCGUGAAGAUGCAUUGCUUGUGAUGAAAGGGAAAGCAUUUCAAUAUGACUCAAUUCUUAACCUGGUAAGAAUCAUAGAUCUUUCCCAUAACAAAUUAUCGGGAGAGAUUCUAAUGGAAGUGACCAAUCUUACUGCGCUGCAAUCACUGAAUCUGUCACACAAUCAUCUUAGUGGAAAAAUUCCUGAGAAUAUCGGAGCAAUGAGUUCAUUGGAGUGCAUUGAUUUCUCGUUAAAUCAACUGUUUGGUGAAAUCCAACAAAGCAUUUCAAGGUUGACAUACUUAAAUCACCUGAACUUUUCCGAUAACAACUUAGUCGGGAGCAUUCCUUUGGGCACUCAGUUACAAGGAUUCGAUGCAUCCUGUUUCACUGGAAACAAACUUUGCGGACCUCCACUUUGGAAGAGCUGCACUGCAACUGGUCCAAUACCUACAGAUUCUAAGAAUGCAGGAGGAGAAGAUGUUAACAAGUAUGAAGUUCAGUGGUUCUAUGUAAGCAUGCCGCUCGGAUUCGUUGUGGGUUUCUGGAGUGUAAUAGGACCUCUUCUUAUAAACAAAAGAUGGAGGUACAUGUAUUGUAAUUUCUUGGAUUGUCUUGGGGAUAAGUUUUUAUGUGUUGUAAGAAAAUGUCACUAGCUUUUUAAUUUUGAAGUUCUGGUAUUUUAUGUCAUUUCAUAAACAAGAUGAAGUAUUGUAAUAAGCAAAGUUUAUUAACAUGUUUUCUGUGUA